AGCGUUAGUGACAGUUAUGGCCCCAUUUUUCAAAUAAGACAUUUAUGGCCCACUUUUGAAAUUAUUGGACAAAUUUGGCCUACGAUUUGAAUUGACCGUCAAAAUAGACGAUCAACUAUUUUUUCGUCGAUGACUCAGCAUCAAAAUACUGAGGUGGAUCCGAGGUGGCUGCCACACCAUUUAUUUAGAUUAAAAAAUUUAAAACAAAAAACUUAAAAUAAAAAAACAAAAAACCAAAAUACACUUUCCAAUACCAUAAAGUCCCUCCCCUCAUUGCCGUAAAAUAAAAUAAAAAAAGUCCCUCCCACCCAACUCACUCCCAUCCCCACCGAAUAGUAAUAUGGAAUCCCUAACAUCUAUCAUCGCAACCCCAUCCUCGCCACCAUUCCCAUUUUCGGCUACCUCCGCUCCAUCUCCCCUACCAUUUUUCUUGUCCGUCCGAUUUUGCUGUUGCUCCAUCGAGACCCCGUCCACAAGAUCAGAAGUUGCUGCUCUUUGAUUGCCCCUAUCCCUCUCCUCGUCGAACUCGUGAUGGUGCCUCUUCUGCAGAAGCGAAGGCGACGGGGAGCGUUGGUGGCGUUGGCGGUGCGGCAGUGCGACGCGCGUGCGUCCGGCGAGAGCGAGUAUGCCAAUGGUCGUCUCUCAUUGGAAGAAGCAGCUGUCAAUGGCCGUCUCUCCAAACGAUUUCCCAGAACUGAAAUUUUGGGUUUGGGUUCUUCGAUUUUCAAAACUGAUUCAGAUCCCCGACCCAGAUCUGGUGUAGAGUGAAAGAGGGAAAAGAUGUGGUGGCUUGACUCUGACGAUGAGGGUUGCCAUUGAUACAAGGAAGUCAGCCAGGGAUGGCGACAAUAAGAGGCAGCUAGAGAUUGUAGGAUGGGGAAGGAAAUUUGGGGAAGGAAAUUGGGGGAAUGAUUUCGCAAUGGGUGGAGGUGAAAGUUAGAAGAGGAAGAAGAUAGAGGAAAGGGUUUCGUUUGACCAUCUUUUUUUUUUUUAAGUUUUAAAUGAUGUGGACGUCCUAGUCAUUAGUGGAUGUUGAGUCACUUACGGAGAAAAUGGUUGACCGUCAAUUUUGACGCUCAAUUCAAAAUGCGGGCCAAAUUUGUCCAAUAAUUUCAAAAAUAGGCCACAAAUGUCUUAUUUGAAAAAUGGGGCCAAAACUGACACUUACGCUAAACUUGGGGCUAAACUAGGAUAUUAACCCUUUUAUAUAAAACUAACCCUGCAGCUGGUCACUUCCCUACAGCUGGACCCUGGACAUUUUACUCAAACCAAAACAAAAAUUUGAUUAACAUGUGCGCACUCCUAUUUUUAGUUUUAAGGUUGUCUUGGUUAUAACUUAUGAGUAUGCUCUGAUUAUUGUACAUUGUGUUCAACUCAUAACUACAUCGUUAAGAAAAUCAUGUGGCCGGAGAUUGCGAUGGCAAUGUCCGUCACGCUACUGCAGGGCGGGGUGGAGCGGGUCGACCCGCUCUUACAUGUUAUUUGAGAAAAUUACAUGCAAAUUUUAUUUUUUUACGAUAAAACGACCGAGAAAACACUUUAAGAAUGAAAAUAGUGAUAAUAAAAUGGGUAAUUGAGUCUAAUAAAUUGAAAGAUCGACUCUAACUAGUGGAAGAAUAGUCAAAAUAGGAGAAAUAUGCAUAGAUAUUGUAAGAAAUUGAGGUAGAAUGGGAAAAAAACGGUGCGAGGCGGGGCAGGACGUGUCAGAAGUAGAUACACAUGCAUCGCCCCAUGCUACCGCAGGUCGGGUAAUACCCGCCCCAUCACGGGUCAGGUCGAGUAAUACCCGUAGGGCGGGUUCAAAUUGCCAUCACUAGUUGGAGAUCGAUAAUUGAGGUUAUUCGAAUAUUCAUCCCUAAAUGCAAGAAAGCUUUGCGACAAAAAGAAAAAUAUGUAUGAUAAAUAGUAAGUGCAUUGAUAAGAAAUCGUGAUAGUUAUUCGGUGUGCGUGAGUUAAGAGUGCAUAUGGUAACGACGGUAUGGCCGGUUAAACAAGGUGAUUGAUUAUAAUGUUAAAUGUGCUAUAGAUGCACAUGAAUCCAAACAAAGGUACACAUCACACAAUGUAACACGUUAAUAAAUCCAAGCUAGCUAGCGGGGGAGAUGAAGCUCAAAAAAUAGAAUCUCCUGUAGUCCUGUUGGCUUAAAGAAUUUAAUUAAUGGACUGUUCAUCAGAUACUUCCAUGGCCGGCCACCUCAUUAAGAUUCUAAAUCCCUUGAUUAUUGCUAAUUAAGGGGUCAGAAAGAUCAUUAGAGAACAGAACAUGCAUGCACACUACCAGAUUAAUUUCUACUAUUUCUUUUUUCUCUUCUGCCAACAUGACACUCGUGCAACACUGCAACUCCGUGUUAUUUCAUUUUCUUAAUACAAUUAUUAUACCAUCAUAUAUACACUUUCCUUAAUCUGCAUUACACAUGAAGAAAUAUUCGAUACACAAAAAAGUUUGUACUAAUAUACGUAAUGAUCGGAGACACAGAAUGAUCAAGCUAGAUAUGCGUCUACAAAUUCUUAAUAUAUUAUAAAAAAGUAAUGAUCAAUUAAUAGUUAAUUAAUCUUGGUUACUGUGUAACAAAAGUGUAGAUUGAUU